AUGCCGUUGGACUUUGUCAGUGAACUCAAUCGUGAUUUGCCAGCUAGAUUAGUGAUUUCUGGCAUUUCUCCAGAUUGUUAUGCGCCUUUGGCUCGCGACACGUCGCUGCAUUGUCCUGCGUAUGUCUGGAAAGAUUUUUUGGAUAGAAUUGAGCUAGCUGUUGGCGAUGAACUCCGGAUCCUGACUAUCAAGCGUAGCGAGAUCUGGACCAUCCAAUAUGAAGGCAAGCACUCUUUCUUACGUCUGUUGAUCAGUGCGUCCAGCAUUGAAUGGAACUUGUUUGCCAAACCUCCAAAGGAUACUCCUGCGCUUUGUCUGAUACGAGAGAUCCUGUCCAAGCCAAUUGCUCGCAUGACACCUGUGUCUGCGUCACUUUUGGACGGAGAUUGGGAAAUUUGUGGGCCUCUGAGCUCCAGACGGACGCUGUAUUUCUCCGGAUCUGGCGAGAAAGUCGAGUCUCAUGAAAUUCAAUGCGGCCUCGAAACUUCAGAGGUUAUUGGAACAGAUCGUUGGACGCAAAUUCAAGUCGAAGGUCCCGAUUCAGCGGUGGCCGGCCUAGAAACAGACAUCCGGGGGACGUAUAAUCUUCUGCCAGACUGCGGUACGGCACACGCUUCACUGCACAAAAGAUCAGCUGGUGAGUACGAUCGCCCGGUAUUUCUCUUCCUGGAUCCGACGAAGCUCGGGGAUGCAAAUAAAGAUUUCUUCGUAUUUGCUUGGGACCAUGAACGUGUUCGCGGAUACGAACAGAGACAAACCAUCGCAGAGGUGUCCCACUCAUGGCGUUCACCCAAAGCAAGCGAGGUUCCGCAGCCCGUUCACAUCUACUUCCGUCAAUGGAUUAGAGCUCCCAAGGUGGCCCUGAACCUGUAUCUCCCUGAGGCACCUAUCUCAUGCCAAAGGUUGGAUGAGGCGACCAACAUCACGAUUUCCCGAUCAGGGUGUCAUGAGACUAAUAUUCCUUUGCUCUCAUUUAAAGCACAGCCAGCAGCCAUGGAGGUGCUUUGGAAGAAAGAAUCGUGGGAGAUCAUAAACCCAACAGACUCACCAUCCUUGCUUCAGGACCUCUCUUGGCUCCUACAGAAAGCGGCAGUCAUCUCAGGCUUUGAGAACUGGAACGCAGUCUCUGACCCUGACACCCCUGGUGAGGACGGUAAGACGACAUGCACAUGUGUGCCGCUGAAACCGCGCAUCAUAUGGGGCCGUGACAGUAGAGGACGGAUCAUGGCGUAUGAAGAUCCGUACGAUGCAGCUCUCUAUGAACGCCAGGCGAAAGCAAGACCCCCGCCGUUCCUGAUCUUCCGAAAGAUCGAUGAGCAGGGCCAAGCUGACUUGCGCGUUACUCUCAACGUCCAGUACCUAUUGCAUCAGGCGUAUGAUAAGUUGAUGCAAAAUAGUAUUGUCAAAGACGUGUCGUUUCACUGGCGCCUGGUCCCGAAUUCGUUUGAUAGUAGAAACGUCAUGUUUCCCAAGUUCAAGCUUACAGACAACAAGACUGACGUCGCAGCUUCUCAGCCGCCUAACUUCCGUCUGGCUCUGCGGCCGGAGCAACUGAAAUCACUAUCGUGGAUGGUCCGGCAAGAAGAUGAUGAUGUCCCACCGUUCACGGAAGAAGAGACGGAGGAGGCGCUGCUUCCAUCGUUGAUGUGGCGCGCAGAAGGGCGAGUCACCAGUCAGAAGGCUAUUCGAGGUGGUGUCAUAGCUGAUGAUGUUGGUUACGGAAAAACAGCCAUCACCUUAGGCUUAAUCGAUACGCAGCAUAGAAGGGAGUGCCUGCCAACCCCUGCGGAAAUUGACGGGUUUAUUCCGUGCAAGGCAACUCUUAUUGUUGUGCCGCAGAUAAUGAUCCAGCAAUGGCAAUCAGAAAUCUCCAAGUUUCUGGGUUCUACAUUGAAGGUCUUGGUAUUCGCACAGGCGGGUUCAUUCGCAAAAGUGUCCAUAAGUGACGUUCGGCGGAGUGACAUCAUUCUAGUAUCCUGGUCAAUUUUCAACAACCCAGCAUACUAUGAAAAGCUCCAGAAAUUCACCGGCACUCCUCAGGCUCCCAAAAAGGCAGGGCGAAAUUUUGACGCCUGGUUUAAAGACGCUCAAGUCGCACUGAAUGAGCAAGUCCGAAUUUUGACCAGCCAGGGUCCAAGCGCGCUUCUCGCGUCGAUUCGUCUUAAGCGACAAACUAUCAAGGGUUCUCAGACACAUCUCACAUAUUGCCCGUCUCGGCGCCUCCGUGGUAGUCAGUACGUCAAAGGCAACCACGCUCCAGAACAAGAGGGCCAUGAGGUAUUUGCGGAGAUAUCGAGUGCUGAGGACACCGAAACAGAAGACGAAACCGACACCCAGAUGCUGAGAUCGAAAACGGACAAGUACCUCAAAAUCCAGAGUCAUGAAAAAGACGAGUUGGUUGAGGAACCUGCAUUAGAAUCAGACGAUGACACUCAAUAUGAAGAUUCUGCGACGGAGGACAAGCAAGUCCGACCAGGUCUUCCCAAAACAGCUGGCCGAAAGGCGAAAAAGUGGGACGACCGAAAGGUGUUCAAUAUAAGCAAAAGCAGAAUGCAGGAUUGGGGGGCCGUCAGAACCCCGUUUCUUCAUAUGUUCUCUUUUGAUCGUCUUGUCAUAGAUGAGUUCACUUAUGCAGACCCUGAAAGGCUCAGCCCGCUCCUCUCACUCAAAGCUCGAUCGAAAUGGGUACUGUCAGGGACACCGCCACUGAAUGAUUUUGCCGACGUCAACUGCAUUGCACCUUUCCUCAACGUGCAUCUCGGAGUAGAUGAGGAUGACCGUCGAUUACAAAACAAAUAUGUCAAGCUUCGACUCAAGCAGCGCUCUGCUGCGGAAGCGUUCCAAUCGUUACGGGCACCCUAUAGCCAAAUCUGGCACGAACGUCGACACAAUCUAGCCCAGAGGUUCUUGGACCGGUUUGCACGGCGGAAUGUUGCUGAUAUUGACGAGAUCCCAUCGUCAGAGCACAUAAUUGUGGUCCAGCCAACACCGGCAGAACGAGUAAUCUAUCUGGAACUCUGGAGGCAAAUUAUGACAUACAACCGCCAGCUCCGUCGAUGUGGCCGAGGAAGAUUCAGCAGUGACCAAGUCAACCGGUUGGACGAGAUUAUUGGAACAAGUUCAACGGCCGAAGAGGCGUUGCUCAAACGUUGCUCAUCCCUAGCGCUUCAUGGUCGCUGGAACGAAGACGGCGAGCCGGAGCUAACAACAUGCGCAUCCCUGAUCGCCACCAGGGAGGAUCAGCUCAAUGAUCUCAAAGACGAAAUGAAAAUGGAAUUGAAGUUGGCAGCAUGGCUUUACUGCCGUUUUGAAUUUGACUGUGAGCACCUUGACAAGUUCAUCGAAAAGUUCUUCAGAGACGAUUUUGGUGAUAUGGCCAUCACCCGAGAAGUUUAUUCUUUCUUGAGAGAAGCAUUCGAUGCAUCGGACGUUGAUGACUGGGUGUACUUCUUUGAUAUUCCUGAAGUUCCUGAAGAGCCAGUGCCAGGUGAUGAAAGCAGCUCGUCUGAUGCAGAAAACGAUAGCGAGAGCAGUGAAUCGGUGGCCAACGAUGACCUCGAUGACUCUUCCAAGCCCAAGGUCGCCAAGCAGAGCAACCAGCAAACCCAGGCCAAGAAAACCAGCGGCAGUAAGCAUUCUGGAAACGACGACGAUGACACAGACGUUUCGCUUCCCAAGAAGCCCGAGCGAGCUUGCGAAGCCGAACCAUUUCUGAGAGAAGCCAUAACAGCCAUCCAGAGGCUCAUCGGGGAAUGGCAACUGCGCAAAGACGCCAUUAGAUUUCUCUCAGCUGUGCAGCUUCUGACAACAGGUGCUGGACUUCCGCAAUGCAAUGGUUGUUACUGCGGGUUGCAAGGUAUCGAGAACGCAAAUGUCUCAGGAUCGUGCGGCCAUACUCUGUGCAUGGAUUGUGCUUCAAAAACGUUGGCAAAAGAGGAGUGUAUUGUGUAUGAAUGCCACGGCCCGAUAAAGAAGUUCAAUAUCAUCGCAGGAUCCAUGCUCGGAGAGGGUAGCGUCGAUGAGAGUGCAGUAUACGGCGGCAGCAAGUUGGACAAACUGAUUGAGAUCCUCAACGGGAUCCCCAACGACGAGCGGGCCCUAGUCUUCAUCCAAUAUCCCGAGCUCAUCAAAGUCGCGUCCAAGGCACUGGAUCUCGCCCAGAUAAAACACACGGCGAUCUUAACGACAGACCGCAAGUCAAUGCAAAAGAUCGCAGAAUUUCAAGAGGCAAGCUUGCAGGAAGACAAAGUGUUGAUCCUGAAUCUUGGAGGGGAGAUGGCCGCCGGAUUGAAUUUCCAAUCGGCAAAUCACGUUAUCUUUCUAUCUCCUAUGAACGCCGAGACACAGUAUGAUUAUGAGUCCGCGAUGACCCAAGCCAUCGGACGGUCCCGGCGAUAUGGGCAACGGCGUCACGUUCACGUCUAUCACCUACUGGCCAAGCACACAAUAGACGUGAACAUCUUUCAACAACGCCGAGACAAGAUAUUGAUAGAAAGGGACGGCAAGGCCGAGCUCGUGGCUCACGGAGAAGCCUUGGAUGGCAAGGUGAUCAAGUGCGAGGGGCCGCCCUUGGUUUUUGACGACGCGUUUUGA